AUGCCAGCGGUUGAUCCGAGAAUGUCACUCACAGUUCGUUGUGGCAGCUGCACUAAAAUGAAAAUUGCACCUGCAUCAUCAAAUAAUACUGCUUACAACUACUUAUUCGAAGAACAACAGAAUGUUUACUUCCAUGAUGUUUCAAUAAACGGAGUAUUUUAUCAGCAUUAUCAACAAUCUCGAAUGAUGACUCUUCGUGUAUCAACAAAUACGCAAUUUCCAACCAGACAUUCUUACACAAUUAUAUAA